AUGGUUGACAUCCACCUCUCAACCUUCAUUCUCCUAUCCCUCUUUCCAUUAACACUCUUCUACUUCUUUUUCAAAUCCCUCUUAUUAAUCAAAUCAACCCAAAAUUAUGGUCCUAAAUCAUACCCAUUUAUUGGAUGUUUGCCCUCUAUACUCCCUAACCGCCACCGGUUCGUCCAGUGGACCGCAGACGUCGUCAACACCACCCCAACCAAAACCGCCAUCAUCCACCUCCCUUUUGGCCGCGUUCGUGUGGUCACAGCCAACCCUACCGUCGUUCGACACAUCCUCAAAACCAGCUUCCAUCUCUACCCAAAAGGCGAAGGCGUUCGAAACACCUUAUUUGAUUUACUCGGUGAUGGCAUAAUCAACAUCGAUGGCGACGGCUGGAAGUUCCAAAGACAAGUUUCUAUUCACGAGUUCAACACCAAGUCUCUACGAAACUUCGUCGAACAUGUAGUAACCACUGAGCUAAACGACCGUUUAUUACCAAUACUCGCCACAGCAUCCGCCACAAAAACAACCGUUCUUGACUUCCAAGACAUACUCCAAAGAUUUGCAUUUGAUAACAUAUGCAAGAUCGCAUUCGGAUAUGAUCCCGCAUGCUUAACGCCUUCCAUGCCUGACGCCAUAUUCGCCACAGCGUUUGAUGACGCGGUUAUGAUCUCGACAGGCAGAAUACGCGGCAAUCUUCCAUUAAUAUGGAAAUUUAAACGAUUGUUCAGCAUUGGUUCGGAGAAACAGCUUAGCGAAGCCGUCUCCAUUGUAAGAGAAUUCGCGAAGAAGUUAAUAAAAGAGAAACUAGCAGAGCUAGAGAAAAACUCAUCACUCGGAUCCGUUGAUCUUCUCUCGAGGUUUUUAAGCUCGGGUCACUCAGACGAAAGGUUCAUUGUCGACAUUAUUAUAAGCUUCAUAUUAGCCGGAAGAGACACGACAUCAGCAGCAUUAACCUGGUUCUUCUGGCUGCUUCACGACCACCCUAGAAUCGAAACCGAGAUUAUGAAAGAGAUCGUUUCAAAAUCCGAAAGCACAGUGUAUGAUGAAGUGAAAGAUAUGGUGUACACUCACGCUGCUUUAUGCGAAAGCAUGAGACUCUACCCGCCUGUCGCAAUGGAUGCGAAGCAGGCAGCGAACGACGACGUUUUGCCAGAUAAUACUUUUGUGAAGAAAGGUUAUCCGGUUUCGUAUCAUAUAUAUGCAAUGGGGAGGUCAAAGGAGUUGUGGGGGGCGGAUUGGGCCGAGUUUCGGCCCGAGAGGUGGUUGGAGAAGGAUGAAACCGGGCGGUGGGUGUUUAAACCGAGGGAUGGUUAUGAGUACCCAGUUUUUCAAGCUGGGCCGCGGGUUUGUUUAGGGAAAGAGAUGGCGUUUUUGCAAAUGAAAAGGGUUGUUGCGGGUAUUUUACGACAGUUUAAGGUGGUGCCGGCGUUUGAUGAGGGUGUCCAGCCGGUUUAUGUAGCUUAUUUCACCGCGGUGAUGGAAGGUGGGUUUCCGGUACGGAUUGAAGAACGGGGUGAGAUCGAGUGAUAUGGUAGUUAAUAAUAAGUGUUCAUGUGUGGGUUGGUAAUUAUUGUUGAUAUGUGUAUGUUUCUCUUUGUGCAUUAUGACUAAAAUAAGUUAACUUGAAUCUGUUGGUUAAAUUAAGUAUGAUUUAAUCGGGAUGGUUAAAUAAUAAAAAGUAUAAAUUGUCGUUA